GUUCAAAGUCAUUCUUCCAUUUAGGCCAAAGGAACAAAAGAAUUUCCCAUAAUUUCCAGUCUCAUUCUCCUAACUUUAAAUUAAAAAAAAAAAAAAAACAACCAACAAAAGCUAAAAAUUGCAGCAGCCCACGCUUACAGUAAACUGUGCUAAUAUAAAUUCCACACACAGACUUAAUGUUACAGUUAUGCUACAUACAAUUCGCUUUACUUACUGCGCGUCUCUCAACUCGGCUCUUCUCACUUGACCAGGUGUUGAUGCUUGUGCUCUUUUCAAGCUAGGGUUUUGAUUUUUGGGAGCUGAAUAUACUAAUUGCAAACUCAGAAAUUUUGGAGGUUGUGUCUUUUGGGCCAGUAUGGUGUAGACAACCAAAAACCGAGUUGAGUCAUUGACAUCUGAUGGAUACUCGGUCAACAGGUGGUGCUGGGGAUGACACUGGUGGAAUUCCCGAUGACUUGCGUUGUAAGAGAUCUGAUGGUAAACAGUGGAGAUGUACUGCAUUGUCCAUGCCUGAUAAGACUGUUUGUGAGAAGCACUACAUACAGGCAAAGAAAAGGGCUGCAAAUUCUGCAAUGAAAGCUAGCAUGAAAAAGAAGGGGAAAUCUAUGGGCGAGGGUGAUAGUUACUACGAAAAUAAGAGCGAUGACAUGGACGGUCCACUUUCUAGUUCCAAAGUUGGAGACUACCCGGGUUCUUUCUCAGGGAAAAAUUACAAAGAAAAGUUUCCGAAAAAUCAUAUCGAGUAUUCGCCUGAAGCAGCUUCAACGAAGGUUCCUUUGCGCAGUUCUCUCAAAUUGAAUGAUGAUUUACCGAUGGAUAAUAUUUUGUACGAGGAGAAUCAUAGAUCAUACAGGAUUCAGCUACCCUCUGCAGUGGAUUCAUCUAGAAGCAGAUCUCAAAAGAUGCCCGAUUCAAGUCCUAUGACAGAAACUUCUGAAGCAAGUUCAGAGGCUUCAGAUGAGACUGUAAGGCAGCCUUGUCAUCAGUGCAAGCAAAUUAGAGGAGACAGAAUUAUUUGGUGCCUCAAUUGUGAUAGAAGAGGAUAUUGUGAAAACUGCAUUUCAACCUGGUACUCAGAUCUCCCGUUAGAAGACAUUCAAAAACUUUGUCCAGUCUGUCGAGGUAGCUGCAGUUGCAAGAUGUGCCUGCGAGGAGAUAAUUUGAUAAAAGCAAGGAUUCGAGACAUACCUGCCCAAGACAAAUUGCAACAUCUCUAUUGCUUGCUAUCUGCAGUUCUUCCUGUUGUUAAGCAAAUCCAGCAUGAACAGACCUCAGAAGUGGAAUUGGAAAGUAGGCUAGAAGGAAGUAAGGAUCUUGCCCGGACAAAAUUAAAUGCAGAUGAGCAGAUGUGCUGUAAUUAUUGCAGGAUACCGAUUAUCGACUACCACAGGCAUUGCCCAAGUUGCUCAUAUGAUCUUUGUCUCAGUUGCUGUAAAGACAUUAGAGAAGCAACCAGACUUGUUCUUGAGGGAGAAACUGCUUCGCAAGUUGAUGGCGAAGGAUCUGCUUAUGAGCAACUUAACUUAUCUAACGUUCACCGGAAUUUGUUUAAAAGGUACUCUGAUUGGAGAGUCAAUGCCGAUGGCAGUAUUCCAUGUCCGCCAAGGGAGUAUGGGGGUUGUGGUCACUCAAUUUUAAUGUUAAAACGCAUAUUUAAAAUGAACUGGGUGGCAAUAGUGGCAAAGAAUGCAGAAGAAUUGGUUAGUGGCUGUAAGGUUAGUGAUUCUUGCUGUCAGGAGAUACCUGAGUUUGAUCCCAGACUCUUACAGGCUGCAUAUAGAGAAAGUGAUAACGACAAUUUUCUAUACCAUCCAUCAGCCCAAGAUAUUAAGGCUGAAAGACUUGAAGAGUUCAGAAUCCACUGGAGUCGAGGUGAACCUGUUGUUGUUAAAGAAGUUUGUGACUUCUCUACAAUGGAGAUCUGGAAUCCUAUGGUUUUGUUGAAUGGAAUUAGAGAGACAGCAGAUGAAAAACCCAAAGAUCCAAAUAGAACUGUAAAAGCUAUUAACUACUUUGACAGGACAGAGGUUGAUAUAGAAAUCACUGACUUCAUGAAAGGAUACUCGGUGGGUAAAUUUAAUGAAAAUGGCCAGCGACAGUUUUUAAAACUGAAAGAUUGGCCCUCUCCCAGUGCUUCAGAGGAGUUUUUGAUGUAUCAGAGACCGGAUUUUAUCAGUAAACUUCCCUUGCUUGAAUUCAUCCAUUCGAAGUGGGGGCUUCUGAAUGUUGCUGCAAAACUGCCUCACUAUUCCUUGCAGAAUGAUGUUGGUGCUAAAAUUCGUAUUUCAUAUGGCACACCUCAAGAACUUGAUGGUGGUGGUUCAACUGAGAAUCUCCAUCUUAAGAUGCAUGACAUGGCGUUUUUGCUGGUGCAUACGUGUGAUGUGAAGCCAAACAUUGAGACGGUAGAGCAGGAACUUAUAGGAUCAGAAGGAAGACGACAAUUAGGUGAUCCACAAGUCAGUGCAAGUGAAGGGUCACCGAAAUUAGCAACCAGUGGAGAAGAUAUUAUGGAUGAAGAUCAGGCUGAUGUUGAUCCAAGUGAUAGAGAGAAGAUCUUGGAUCAAGCUGUUGAAGCCUCCUCUAACCCUGAAGAAAAAAUAUUAAUUGGAGAAGUUCCGCACGGAGGCAGUGAUAAGAGUUCUGAAACUUUAACUGCUGGAGCACAUUGGGAUGUUUUUCGGCGUCAGGAUGUUCCUAAGCUAAUUGAAUACCUAAUAAAUCAUAGACAAGAUUUCAAGAUGUCUGACAACAAUGCCAGGAUGCAGCAUCCUGUGUAUGAUAGUGCUAUUUAUUUGAAUAAUCAUCACAAGAAAAUGCUCAAGGAAGAGCUUGGAAUAGAGCCAUGGUCCUUUGAUCAGCAACUGGGGGAAGCUAUCUUUAUCCCUGCUGGUUGUCCUUUCCAAGUGAAAAAUCUUCAGGUGAGUCAUGUGUCUGUAUCUCUGUCUGAAUCUCCGUAGUUAAAUCCGUAAGCUUGGAAAUUGAAUCUACCUAACCAAGGGAAACAUAGAUUUGUAUUGCAAAGAUUGUGCUCUGGGGCUCAUCUCAUGGCAAGGAUUGUGCGCCAGGGCUCAUCUCAAGUUAUUAUGAAAUGUUUUAAUGGUUUAGUCAUUGUGACCUGCUCUUCAAAUAGUAGUUUUUGCUUAACCCCUAAUAGUGUAGGUAACUGUAUCUUUCGGUUGGCAAUUCUUCAUUUAUGGUGUAAUGUAAAAAUACCUUUCUUUAAUGUGGAUUGAGCUUGCAUGCUGCUAACUAUUUUGUUUUUGGAAGCAACUUGAUCUUCAAUUCAAAUAAUAAAGUUUGUGUGUGGUUUCCAAGGUAUUUUGAUGCUUGUUUAAUCAUUUAAAGAGGAUCGAGAGAACCUCCAUGACGUCGGAGUGUUUUAUUGUAUUCAUGUUACCUACCUUUCUUUCUAAUCAAUGUUUUCAGUGAGAAGAUCUCCAUCGCUAUUUGAAUAGGCUCAAAGAGCUUUUAGGAACUGUGCAUGUUGCCAUGUUUCAUCUUGAUGUUGCAUCAUUAGAGUCUCUUCUUUGUGAUGAAGUUUUUCCUCUCUAAUUCCUCUUCUCUUUAUAAAUUCAGUCCACCAUUCAAUUGGGUCUUGAUUUUCUUUCUCCUGAAAGUUUGAGUGAGGCCAACCGAUUAGCUGCAGAAAUUCGUGGCCUUCCCAAUGACCAUGAGGCCAAGCUUCAAAUACUGGAGGUACAUUGGAAUAAAAGUUUUGGUUCCUCGUGCGUUAUAGACAUCUUUAUCUUGGGAAAAAUGGUGAUUAUGGACACUCUUAUACUGAUACAGGUCGGGAAGAUAUCGCUCUAUGCUGCAAGUUGGGCAAUUAAAGAGGUUCAAAAGUUGGUUCUUGAUCCAAAGUGAGGAAGAACUCUCUAUUGUUGUCACUGUUGUUAGUCUGUGUGUGUUUGGUUUACGGGAACUUUAUAUUUUUUCAUCUCCUGCAGACUUGGGCCAGAGCGGGAAUAUGAAGAUCCCAAUCUAACGGCAUUGGUGUCGAAGAAUUUGGAAGAGAUGGUUAAACAAAGGCAGGUCGCUUGUUUGUAAAUUCGUGUACUGGAUAAACUUUUACAGCCAGAAGAAGGCAGAGGUAAUUGUGUAAAUAGGUGUGUAUGCAAUGUAGUCAUUCUUUCUGCCCCAGAAAUUUUCAUUCAGAUUGCUACUGGGAAAAUGCGGCGAGCUGUAGGUAAACUGUGUUAUAGAACUGGAAAUAUGUAGAGAAUGAACACUGGAGCAGUUUCUAUAAAUGGAUGUGCCCUUUUCUUAAUGAGUUCUUUCUUAG